GAAACGGAGCCUGAUUGAACAGACACCCCACACACACACCAAGAGAAUCGACAACCCAGGCAGCAGGCAUCAAGCAGCAAAGCAACAUGCCAAGCUUACAACACAACAUAUACAACAGCUCCUCCUCCACUUUUUAGUGUUCAUAUCUCUAUCAAUAUAUCUAUCUAUCUAUCUAUUGUCAUAGAAUAUAUAUAUAUAUAUAUAUAUCACUCAUUUACAUCAAUCCGAUCCAAUCCACACUUGAAUUCUUUCUUUCUUUCUUUCAUUCUUUCUUUGUUGAUGCCAUGUUGGGCUAUCUAACUUGUAAAGCUGAAUCAGCAAUCUCAGUCUCCAAUCUCCAAUCCCCAUCACCACCACCACCACCACCACCCUCCUCCUCCAACUCCAUCUCCAACAAGAACAACAAAAAGAAGAAGAAAACCCAAUACAACAGUGAAGAAGAAGAAAACCUGCCAUUCAAAAUCCUCCAACACUUCGAGUACAGCGACCUCGAAUCCGCCACCAAUGGCUUCUCCUCCCACAAACUUCUCGGCCGAGGCAGCCACGGCCUCGUCUACAAGGCCCUCCUCCCCUCCGGCCUUGUCGUCGCCGUCAAAAAACCCAUUCCCCACAAUCCCCACAAUCCCAUUCCCACCGAAGCCGACAACGAAAUCGACAUCCUCUCCCAACUCCACAGCCCAUCCCUCGUCAAUUUGUUGGGUUUCACAAGCGACCCCUCCCACCGCCACCGCCUCUUGGUCGUCGAGUUCAUGAGUAACGGCACUCUCUACGACCUCCUCCAUUCCACUUCUCCUCGCCCUCCUCCCAAUUGGGGCCGUAGAAUUCGCCUCGCUCUUCAGACUGCUAACGCCAUCCACACCCUCCAUUCUUCCAUCCCUCCUGUCAUCCACCGCGACAUCAAGUCCGCCAAUGUCUUGAUCGAUCGCCACUUCAAUGCCCGCUUGGGCGAUUUCGGCUUGGCUUUUCGCUGCCAUGUCGAUAAUUAUCAUCGACGACUCCUCUCUACUCCGCCCGCAGGUACAAUUGGGUAUCUUGAUCCAUGUUAUGUCACUCCUGAUAAUUUGAGUACCAAAAUUGAUGUUUUUAGCUUUGGUAUAUUAUUGUUGGAGAUUCUAAGUGGCAGGAAGGCCAUUGAUGUUGGCCAUUCUCCACCUUCCAUUGUGGAUUGGGCUGUUCCAUUGAUAAGGGGAGGGAAGCUUUUGGCUGUAUAUGAUCCCAGGAUUGAGCCUCCCAAGGACCCUCUUGUGAGGAAGCAAUUGGCUGUCAUUGCAGCCAAGUGUGUGAGGUCUUGUAGGGAGAGGAGGCCCUCCAUGAAGGAGGUUGUUGAGAGUCUCACUAGGUUGAGUGAAUUGGUUCCUCUUCAUUCAUGGAACGGUUUUAGUAAUCCAUGCUUGAUGGUUGAGACAAUGGGACGCCCAGUUGAAUCCCAGUUGAAUUUGAGGCCCAAGGGUGUUGUAGAAGAGAGUAAUUUGGAUGCUAAGUGUGCUAGGCCGUCGAGGAAUUCGCGGAGAGUGUACUCUGAUUUGGGUUUCAGGAAUAAUUUGAUGGACCUCAUGGCUGGAACUGAUGGGGAGUCUGAAUUUCAGGGUGGAGUCGAUGGUUAUUAUGAUCCUAAAUUGAAAUCUGCAAAUGGAGGAGGCUCUAGUUUUAGAAUUGGAAGUGGAAGGUUUGUUGGUAGAGGGAGAGGUCGGCAUGGGAGUGACUUUCGCUUGAAGCGACACCAGUCAGUUGGGGAUAAUAAUAACAUGAUUUCUCAGUUAAGUUUUACUGCUGGGGCAGCUGAUUAUAGCUAGUUCAUUGUGAAGAAAGAAGAAAGAAGAAGAAGAAGAAGAAGAAGAAGAAACUUUCUUCAGAGAUUGAUUUAAGGUUUAUUGCUGAUUUGAUUAAGCGAAGCUCAAGCAUGUAAGCUUUCAUUGCUUGCAAAUCACACUGAUGUAGACUUCUUAUGGUUUUCUUUCAAUUGAUUUUUUAUGUUCUUGAAUUUGUUUAUCUACUUAUGUAGCCAAAGGGUUCAUUUGUCCGUGAGAUGUUAAUCCUUUUCUCCUUUGUUCAUUAUGCGAAGCUAAUGAAUUGUAGAAUGCUCUUCAAUCUUUU